UGACUCUACAGCAUGCAUCCCCGGCGCUCCGUGUCUCGCGCAGUCCUGAGUGUUUAAUCUCCCGUAAUUACACAGAUUUGCUGAGGUUAAUAAAAAUAAUCCGCCCAAAUUGAGACCCCCUACCUCGACCUCCCCUGUGCCUCCUUUGCCCCUUUCUGUGAGGGAUCAAUUCACGGUCAUAUAAAUAGUGCGAAGCCCAACUUUGAUUGAGGAGGAUUGCGGAAUGUACGGCUAACCGAAGAGGCUCCGACGCUUCGAUAAAAUCCGGUGUUUUGAAAAAGUCGCCACGUUCAACCUAACAAACAGACUGACGUCAUUUCCACGCCAUUGAGAUCGUGUCGCCGAUAAGCGCAUCAAGGUUAACGACAGUUGAGAGGCUCAUCUUUAUCUGUGAUCUUGUCAAUGCUACGACUCGGGCGAGAGCAGCCAGGGGCGCGAGACUAGGCCAUGCUUUAAAAGCCCAAUUUUUCUAAAGACCACAGAGAAUUUUUCACUGAUUAGCUGAAUCAUACGAUUUGUGAAUCAUGAGUGCCAGGUAUUUAACACCAGAGAUGAUGACGGAGGACAGGAGCGGCCGAGAGCGACUGGGACUGAGCUUCACCAUCGACUACCUCCUGUUCAAUAUGGGACCCAAAGAUUCCGCGGGGCAACCGAUGGCCGAGCAGACGUCGCUCGAUUGUCACAAACCCAAAGAGGUGGUCGCCGUACAGGAGAGGUCAGCAGAGACCGGCGAAAGGGAUGGCAGAGGAGAAGAGGGGGAUGGAGAGCAACAACAGGAGGGGGAGGAGGAGGUGACCACUACCACUACUGCAACGUCCGACAAAAAACCAAACCAGUCGUACAUCGCGCUCAUCUCCAAAGCCAUCAUGGCGUCGGAGCAGAAGAAGCUGCUGCUGUGCGACAUCUACCAGUGGAUCAUGGACCACUACCCUUACUUCAAGAGCAAGGAUAAAAACUGGAGGAAUAGCGUGCGCCACAACCUGUCGCUGAAUGACUGCUUCAUCAAAGCCGGACGCAGCGAAAACGGCAAAGGGCACUUCUGGGCCAUCCACCCCUCAUACUACAAGCACUUUUCAAACGGGGACUACCACUGCCGGAGGACGCGACGGAGGGUCCGCCGGGCGGCCGUGCAGCUCCCGCUCUCACCCCUCAGCUCGCCCUACCACGUCGCCCGCCACCACCGUGGGGCCUGCUGGUACUGCCCACAAGUCCACGCGCUAUCUUUAUCCUGUUUUGCCCCCAGACUCUACUGGCCUUGGUCCAGUGUACAAGUUUCAGGUUUUCACCCUGGCCUGCAUGUCUCUGGACCUUAAGGCUGAACCAAAACAUUUUAGUGGGAUUGUGAGUUUGGCAUUGAUUCACUGUAAUUUUAGAUUCAGAUUUGUUUACGCUUAUGUCAUUGUUGGACCACACCGACCUGAUACCCGUACAUAAAAGAGAAAAAUGUCUUAUAAUGAAAAGUAACUCCCUAUUUUAGAAUACUUUAAUUACUUCCAUAAAUUGUUGAUUGUAAUUUUGAUCUCAUUUUUCGUUUAUUCUUUAAUGUAUGAGAAUUUAUGUACUGCGGAAUGACUUCGGACUGGAUUUUGGGUCCAUUAAAUCUUUAUGAUAUUGAAAUUUAAAUUUUCAUGCAACAUCCACAUUUUGCUAUUGUCGCUCGUGAAUGGCUGGAUGUCCACUUUCGUGGGAGAUGGCUGGGUCGUUGUGUUCAUAUGAGUGGGCAGCGAAGCGUCCAGACUUAACACCAUGAGACUUUUUUCAUGUCGCUUGGUUGAGGAGCCAGUCUGUACCAAACGACCAAGACUUUGGAAGGAAUUUAACGGUAUAUACGAGAAGUUGUCUUCCAAACCACACGAGUUCCUGUUGAAAUCAGCUGACACUAUUCCUGGGUAGCUUGAGAAGCUCGGAGAAAAUUCUGAUGCCUUUACUUAAUUUUAAAUAAAACCUCAAGCUAAAUGCUUUCUUCCCAUACAAACUAGUUGUAAUUGUAUGUAACAAUGUAUAUUUUAGAAAAGGGGGUUGAUUUUCAAUCACGCUGUACUGUGCAAAAGGCUAUACCACUAGCUUUGUUGUUUAAGCACCUUUUUUAUGAGUCAAUUCAACUAAAUCAAGGGUGUUCAAACUACAAGAAAACCGAAGGCUACACAGAAGCCUACUUUAAUAUUAUUAUUUUUUUCAACUUUUGUUGAUUAAAAAAAAAAAAUCAAACGUGUCAAAAUAUUCCCAGCAAGAAACAGUUUACUUCUCAGCAUGUUUUUUUUUUUGUAAAACCUUCUUUUCUAUUCAGCAUGGCCCUAAUUCUCCUUAAUGCUCUGAUGCAGGUCGCGGGCCAAUACAAAAGGAGCCAUGGGCCACAAAUGGCACCUAGGCCCGACUUGGGACACCCCUGUACAAAGUGAACAACAGAGUAUAUUGGGAUAGAUGCAAAUAGCAGGAUUAUGCAAAAACCACAAAACUGAACUUUGUUGCUAAGUGGCACAGAGGCUAAGAAAGAAGCCAUUAGUUUCUGGUGAGGAUCUGAAUAAAAGUGCUUAUACACCUCCCAGAAUCAGAGUGAUGCUCAUCUGUUCAUCAUCUUUCCAUGUACCAGGAAGAAAGUUGCGUGUGAACUCACAAACAGAUGGUCAAACACCUUGGUCUUGUCAUAUCUGUGUUCUACUAAGUGACAUUUUAGUUAAUAAGACUUUUGCACAGUACUGUGCGCUAUCUUGCGUUAAUGACCAAAGUUGAAAUGUUUA